AUGUCACCAAGGCCAUUUACACUGAAUGAUCCGUCCCUACUCCAUGAGGCCUCAUUGCUCAAUGGUGAAUGGGUUGCGGCCCAAUCCAACAAAAGGUUGUCUCUUACAGACCCCGGUUCAAGACAUGUUUUCGCAACCUGCCCCACGAACGGUCCAGAGGAUGUGGACAAAUACGUCGAGACCUCGCAUGCGGCCUUCGAACGCUAUCGCCAUGUCAACCCACGCGAACGAGCCAAGUUCCUUCUGAAAUGGCAUGAGCUGAUUACAAAAGCCCGAGAAGAUAUCGCUACAAUCGUGGUAUACGAGACCGGAAAGCCCAUGGCCGAAGCCUUAGGCGAGGUAGACUACGCACUGGGGUUUGCCUGGUGGUUCGCGGGAGAGGCCGAGAGAGUCCGCGGAUCUAUUGCGUUGCCUUCAGUCUCCAACCGUCGCACAUUUGUCAUAAAACAACCUAUUGGCGUGAGUGCGGCUUUAGUCCCAUGGAACUUCCCGGUUGCUAUGAUUGUUCGUAAAGUGGCAGCAGCUUUAGCUGCAGGGUGCACUAUGAUUGUUAAACCAUCCCCAGAGACUCCUUUGAGUGUGAUGGCCUUAGCAGACCUUGCUCUUCGCGCGGGUUUAGCACCUGGUGUUCUCAAUGUUAUUACAACUGAUAAUGAAUACACACCGUCCGUCAGUGAAAGGCUUUGCAAGCAUCCUUUGGUGCGCAAGGUAACCUUCACAGGCAGUACAAGGGUGGGAAGCAUUAUUGCAAAGCAUUGCAGCGAGGGACUCAAGAAAGUUACCAUGGAGCUUGGGGGAAAUUGCCCGUUCAUUGUCUUUGACGACGGAAACUUGGAACAAGCAGUGGCUGCCCUGAUGAUCCUCAAAUGGCGUACCGCCGGCCAAGCCUGUACCCAUGCCAACCGAGUCUAUGUCCAAGCGGGUGUCUACGAUAAGUUCGCCCAGAUGAUGCUAGAAGCGACUCAGAAACUCAAGGUCGGUCACGGAACUGAUUCGGGUACCACCAUGGGACCACUUACGACCGAGCGUGGCGUUGAGAAGUUGAAGAAGCUUGUGUCUGAUGCGAUCAGCAAGGGCGGCAAAGUUCUCUGCGGUGGAAAGCAACCGAAUGGCCCUCAAGGAUAUUUCUUCGAACCUACUAUCAUCUCCGGUAUGACUUCUGAGAUGCUGGCAUCUCAGGAAGAGAUCUUCGGGCCUCUGUUGGGGUUGCACAGGUUUGAGACCGAGGAGGAAGCUGUCAAGAUGGCAAAUGACACAUCUAUGGGUUUGGCCUCGUACUUCUUUACUAAGGACAUUGAUCGGACCUGGAGGCUUCUUGAAAGUCUCGCGGCUGGCAUGAUUGGCAUGAACACAGGAAACUCUUCGUGCGCUGAGUCUCCGUUCGGCGGCAUUAAGGAGUCAGGAUACGGCAAGGAGGCAGGCAAAGAUGUCGCUAUCGAAGAGUAUCUGAUCUCUAAGACCGGCACGCUUACUGUGGAGGGUGCGCCGGGGCCAUAG